AUGUCUGAGUCGACCUCCCGGGGCUACACCAAAGUCCGGGACAUCGGCUCAGGCAGCUAUGGGAAAGCCGUCCUAGUGCAGGACAAAGAGAACAAGCUCUACGUCAUGAAGAUCAUUGACAUGAGUCGAAUGGACACCAAGCAAAGAAAGGAUGCAAUUAACGAAGUGAGGGUGCUCUCAUCUCUGAAGCAUCCAUACAUCGUGUCCUACAGAGAAAGUUACACUGAGAACCGGAACUUGGCCAUUGUGAUGGACUAUGCGGAUGGGGGUGAUCUGCACCAGCGCAUCCAGCGCACCCGCCAAGCCGGGAAGGUCUUCAGCGAGGACCGGAUUAUCAGGUGGUUGACCGAGGCGACCUUGGCUCUCAAGUAUUUGCAUGAUAAACACGUCUUGCACCGAGACUUAAAGAUCCAGAACCUCUUUUUGACCGCCAAGGACCGGCUGCGGAUCGGAGAUUUUGGGAUCUCCAAGGUCCUCGAAAGCACCUGUGCCUUCGCCAAGACGACGAUCGGCACACCCUACUACCUGAGCCCUGAAAUCUGUAUGGAGAAACCCUACACCUUUAGCAGCGACAUUUGGGCUUUGGGCUGCGUGGUCUACGAACUUGCGUGUCUCAGAGUACCGUUCGAUGCCACGAGCCUUCAGUCCCUGGUCCAGAAGAUCACGCGUGGGCCGACACCUCUGCUGCCCAACAGCUACUCACCGGAGCUGCGGCAACUGGGUGGUGACCUGCUUCAUCGUGAGCAAACACAAAGACCUUCGGCUCAGGAGAUUCUGCAGCGACCGCUGAUGCAGCAAGAGAUCCGGAAGAUGCUGCGAGAGGAGCAAGCCAAGAGCCGGCCCGCUGAGGUGCCGCCCCCUGCACCUCCAGGUUCAGAGAUGAAGAAGUCCCCCAGCAUCCAAAGUGAAUCGCGAGAGGUGAGAAGAGAACGAACAGAGAGUGAAGAUGGCGAUGGAGGCCUGUCGUCCCGGUGGCAACAAAAUCCAGCACUGAAAGGCGCUGGUGCCAUUUGCAUGGACGGUGGCGGUCGUAUCGAUCCAUCUCCCUCAAGGCAGGUUUUGCCGAGUCGUCCCUGGGCGGAGGGACCUCGGCCACCUGUUUUGAAAGCGCGUCGAUAG